CCUUGCGGAAAUCAAAACGUUCACUUUUGGGCCGUCUGCUCGAUCUUGUGGCCGAUUGUGUUCUGCGCCUCAAACUGCAUGCGUGUACUUAAGAUCACACGUGGAUUUCUUAACUUGGACAGAAGCAUCCGUUAACUUUAGGUCACUCAUACAACCAAAGUGAAACCUUUUGACUGUAAUUUCUAUUGACAUUUGACAAUUUUUCUGUUCCGAUUAUCAAUUUGUGAUGGCAAUGUUAGCUGAACCAAAACGAAAAAAGAAGUGGAGUUUGAAUCCCAGAGGGAAACUAUGGUGCAAUGAUGAUUCUAAAAUUGGACAGAAGUUGUUGGAAAAAAUGGGUUGGGCUAAAGGAAAAGGCUUAGGCCGAGAUGAACAAGGAGAUUUGGAACCAAUUAGACUAAAGUACAAAAAUGAUUCUGAGGGAGUUGGCUUUGAAGUAAAGAACGACCAAUGGAUUGCUCAUCGUGAAGAAUUCAACAACAUUCUUGAAGCCCUAAAUGGCAGUAAUACCCCUCUAGAUGAAACGGACAUUACCGCAACACAGAGCUUGGAAAGCCGAUCCAAGAAUUCCAAGUCACGUGUGCACUAUCACAAGUUUACGCGAGGAAAAGAUUUGAGUCGCUAUAGUGCUGCAGAUAUGGCGUGCAUUCUUGGUAAACGAACGAACAGCGAAGCCGAUCAAGAAACGAAAGAUGUCAGGAUAAAGGAGGAACCAACAAAAGAGAGCGUGAACGGUAGCGUUGAACACUUGCACGGUGUCACAACGAUACAAAGAGGGUGUAUCCAAGAGUAUUUCGAAUCAAAAAUGGCUGCUGUAAAAGAAAAGCAGCGUAAAUCGGUCGACUGCAAACAGGAAGAUUCAGGCCAUGAAGGAUCAAACAACAGUGACGACGGAGGCAAAGAUGAAAAGCGUGUCCGAAUCAACGAAGAUCUUAAUGUUGUCAAGGAGUUUCGUUCAAAGGAAAAAAUUUCGAAAACUGAAAAAUUUAACCAGAAAGAUGACGCUGUCGUGAAUGAAACUAUUGAAGAUAUUAGCCCAAAAAAAAAGAAAAAGGGAUCUAAAACGAAGGUUGAGGAAGAAUCAGCAGGUGUGCCAUCCAAACCAUUGCCAGUUACUGAAGAAAUAGUGGACAAUUUUGAGAUAAAAAAGAAGAAGAAAAAGAAAUUUGAGAAAGAGAUUCCUGAGCCGGUGCUAGACGCAGAGCCAGUCAAAACGAAAAAGUCGAAAGUUGAGGAAAUUGCCGAUUCAACGGUAGAAAUCAUUGUAAAUGGCGAAGGAGUUCACACACAAGAAGAAUCUAAGAAGAAAAAGAAAAAAGCUAAGAAGCAGGAAGAAGAAGCGGUUGAAUGUGAGCAAAUGAUUCAUAAAGGCGUGGAAGACCACACGCAAGAAGAACCAAAGAAGAAAAAGAAAAAAUCUAAGAAGCCAGAAGAAGCGAUCGAGACUAGCAAUUUUGAAGUAAUCGAACCCGUUCAGAAAAAAUCUAAAAAGAAUAAAACGGUGGAGGUUUCUGUUGAACAAGUGCAAAACGAAGAGGAUGUACAACCCCCGAUAAAAAAGAAGAAAAAGAAAAACAAGGAAGGUGAACAAGAAGCUCCCGAGAAAUACACCAAGUUGGAUGACUCUUCUGUAGAAUCUGUGCAAGCAAUGCAAAUUACUGCUAGUGAAAAUCAGCAGAAUGGCCUAGAGCAAGACGUGGAACAAGAGACCAAAAAGAAAAAGAAGAGCAAACAAACGGAAGAAGAAGUCCCCGAAACAUUUCACAAGAUGGAAAACUCCUUAGAAAAAACUGAAACCAAACGUAACAAAAAAGGCAAAAACAAACCAAGCGACAAAAUUGAAGUUGAAUUGAUAAAAAAGAACAAGAAGAUCAAGGGAACUGCAGUUGAAGCUCCGGAAGUCCAAGACAAAACUAGUGAAGAUGCACAGGUUAACCCACCUAAGGAGAAGAAAGCCAAAAAAAGGAAAGCCUGUGACAUGACUGACGAAGUAGCGAUCAAUGGUAAAGAAGGCGUUGGGUGUGUGCAGUUGGCUGACGAGGAACUGCAAGAAAGAAAAACUGUUAACAAAAAAGUGGGUUCAGAAGAUCAAUUGGCUCGUCAAGCGGAGGCAAAACCUGAUGGCCGUGGCAAAGAAGUUGACCAACCUGGAACUAAGAAUAUUUCAGCGAUUUUAAUAGAAGCUGGAGCUGCCGCUGACAGACGUAAACUGGAAUCCAUCCAACUCAGUGACGGGUCAAGAAUUAGUCAAAAACUUAACAGAAGGUUAAUGAGAGCUAAGUUCGACAAGUUUGUAGGGUCCAACUUACUCACCAUCGUCGGAUACGGAAGUGAUGGUGCUAGCUUAACAUAGCUCUUUGAAUUGUGUUAGGAUAAGAAUGAAAUUGCCUUUUCCAUUUUCAGUUGCAAUCACUGCUGACAUCAGAAUAACAGGACAAAAUUGAAUUAUA